UCGCGGGCGCCUGGCUCUCAGAAGCUCCCAAUCCCGACGCACGCAAGGCGCUGUCCUUUCAGCACCACGAGCCGGCCCGAGGAGGGAGGACUCUUGGCCGUCGUCCUCCUCUUCAAAUUGGCUGGAAUCUGCUCUGAUCCCCAAGAGUGCAGCACAGUUGGGAAGAAAGGCUUAAGGAUGGUGAAGCUGAACAGCAACGCCGGCGAGAAGGGAGCCAAGCCGCCUUCCGUGGAGGAUGGCUUCCAGACGGUUCCCCUCAUCACUCCCCUCGAGGUGAAUCACUUGCAGCUGCCUGCUCCGGAGAAGGUGAUCGUGAAGACAAGAACGGAGUAUCAGCCUGAACAGAAGAACAAAGGGAAGUUCCGGGUGCCGAAAAUCGCCGAAUUUACGGUCACCAUCCUCGUCAGCCUGGCCCUCGCGUUCCUCGCCUGCAUCGUGUUCCUGGUGGUUUACAAAGCCUUCACCUACGACCACAGCUGCCCUGAGGGCUUUGUCUAUAAGCACAAGCGCUGCAUCCCGGCCUCCCUGGACGCCUACUACUCAUCCCAGGACCCCAGCUCCAGGAGCCGCUUCUACACGGUCAUCAGCCACUACAGCGUGGCCAAGCAGAGCACUGCCCGGGCCAUUGGGCCGUGGCUGUCGGCAGCCGCUGUCAUCCAUGAGCCCAAACCUCCCAAGGCCCAGGGCCAUUAGAGGCCCACGGCAGCCAGAGUGGGGGGCGGAGGGGGAG